UAUUAUAUUUAAUUUUGAUCUACUUUUAAAUUCUUGUCUUUAUCGACCAUUACAUCAUUAUCUGUCAUUGUCACUGUCAAAAUCAUAUGGUAACUUUUCGGCACUUGUGUGUGCCUUGGAUAUUUUAGGUUCUAAAAGUGGUCUUAGAUCAUUUAAAAAAAUAUAUUUUGUGUUUUAUUAUUAGGGGUAUUAAUGUAUGAAAAUGUUUAGUAACGCUCCGGCACCAGAACCUAAAAGUAAAGCCAGCCCUGACAUUAGUAAAACCCCUACACAGACUGGGCCCAAAAAGGAGGAAGCUUGGGGUUAUGAUUUGUAUCCUGAGAGACGAGGAACCUUUUCCCCUAAAAUAGGAAAUAUACUUGUCGGAAAAGAGGGGAAAGAAAAUGUAGAAAAGUUAAAAUGUGAACAAAAUGUCGUUGAGUGUGUUAAAACGAGUCCUAUUGUGAAACUAAUGAUGAGAGCGCUAAAAAGCUCUGGAUGCCCAAUAGAUAUUCGGAGACAUUUUUCAUGUGAAGUGUGUGAUUACUCUGUCAGCGGAGGCUAUGAUCCUGAGCUCAAUCAGAUUGUAGUAUGCCAGAAUGUAAGCACGCGAAAGGGCAUGGUUCAAGGAGUCCUGGUUCAUGAGAUGAUCCACAUGUUCGACUACUGCCGCAAUGAGCUUGACUUUAAGAACAUGGAACAUCUAGCUUGUUCGGAGAUCCGAGCGGCAAACCUGACGCAUUGCUCUUUCACUAGCGCUUGGUCUCAAGGUGAUGCUUCUUGGACUAAGAUUAGGAAGGCCCACCAGGAUUGCGUAAAAACGAAAGCUCUGUACUCAGUGUUGGCAGUGCGUCAAAUCGGCAAAGCUGAAGCUGUGGAUAUCAUCGAAAAGGUAUUUCCAAAAUGUUAUGCAGACCUGGAACCCAUAGGCAGACGGAUACGCAGAAACUCUGACGACAUGAUCAGAGUGCUUAGAGAUGCCUCUUACUAUGGAUAUGAUUGAUUUCUAUAUACAUUAUGACCAUAUGGUAUGGUUAUUAAUAGUGAUCGGCGAUUCGUUUGCUAGUAGGGGUAAAAGACAAUAUAUUAUCAAAUGUUUUAAAUAGGUACUUUGUAUUUAGACACUACCUACAUAAAUAGCAUUUUUGUAAACAAUCGAUUUUUUUUCGCCUGUCGUGUCAAGCGUCACUUUCGCACAUACAUAUUUGUUAGAAUUUGACAUACAUGGUAAUAAAGACAAUCGGAAACUUAUUUUUCAAACCAUUUUCGUUCAUUCACCCGGGAACGAAAAGGAUUUCGUCUCCGUUUGCAAUUACCGGUUAAAGAACAGGGUGCAUAGCCAACGUGCCAAUCGUUAACGCUCCGUGGCGUAACGUAGUCAUAUCUCUCUAUCACUUCCAUAUUAGUGCGACAGUAACAGUUGCGUUUGGACCGCAACACAUGUAGGUCCAAAUGCCAAAUUUAUGCCAAAUUCGUUCAUCUUUCGUUUUUGUGGAAAGAAAUUAAUCAGUUAAAUUGAAAAUAUUGAAUCAAGAUAGAAUGAGUGCCUAAGUAGGUAUUGCUAUCUCUUUCAAAACGAGUUUAAUCGAGACUCUUGAGUUGAACCGGUAUUAUAUCGUUCCCUGUGAACCAUAAAGUUUCGUCCCCUAAUAAGGAGAGAGAACGAUUUUUUUAGUUCGCGUUCUAUCAAUUAACCGGUUUUUAAAUGAACGAUGAAAAACGGUGGCAACCUCGAAAAACUCAUUGUGACCGGCAAAGUGGAUGGGAAAAGGCCUGGACGCGGACGCAGUCCAAUACGUUGGUCUGACCAGAUCCGCACCACUCUUGAGACCACAGUUCACAUGGCUCUCCACACCGUCAGAGACAGAAACAGAUGGAGAAAGAUCGUAAGAUGUUCAGGAAUACGACGCAAGGAGGGGAAAUUAAUGAUAUAACGGUUUUGGAAUGAUAUUAAAAGGUAUUUUACUAGCCCUGAUUUCUACCAGAUCCCUUGACGUUGCAACCGAAUCGCCGAUCACUGGUUAUGAAAUAUUUAUGUAGGCAACAGGUGAAGUGUAGUAGCAUAUGUAUUAAGAUUGUUGACAUGUAGGUGGGAAUAAAAUUUGCGUUGAAUUUAAAAUAA